GAUGCUGGCACUUAAUUAGAAAAAAAUUAAAAAAAUCCUCUAAUUUGUCGCACAAAUAGACUCUCAAACGCCUAGUCUCACAAUUUACAAACAGUUAAAAGAAGCAGAAUCAUAGCUAUUCAGUACUACAAAAAAUGGGAAUAGUAUGUCCCGAUGAGAGCAAGAGGAUAGAGAUCGAGGAAUUUCGCCGGAUGUUGCUAUCUUACGCGGCGGUGCACCGGACAAAAGCGGCCGCCGACGAUGAAUUCCAAAAUCCACAGCACUUGCCCACUGCAGUUGAACAGAACCGUGAGCUUGAAGAAAAGAAGGUGUGCGUCACCAGUGGCGUAUCCUUCCUCGGUAUUGCUAUCGUAAACCAACUCUUACUCCGUGGAUACUCUGUACGAGUCAUUGUCGAAAACCAAGAGGAUCUGGAAAAGCUAAGAGAGAUGGAAAUUACUGGAGAAAUGGGACCGUCCAUGAACACAGUAGAGGCAGUAAUGGCAAGUCUAAAUGAUGUGCAAAGCCUAUCAGAAGCAUUCAACGGUUGUCGUGGCGUCUUCCACACUGCUGCCUUUGUGGACCCUGCUGGCUUAUCUGGAUAUUCAAAAUCAAUGGCUGAAGUAGAAGUGAUGGUAAGCAAAAAUGUGACUCGGGCAUGUGCUAUAACACCUUCGAUCAAAAAUUGCGUGCUCACAUCCUCACUUUUAGCCUGUAUAUGGAAAGAUCUUAAUUCAUCAACAACAAUUGAUCAUGAUAGCUGGAGUGAUGAGUCUAUCUGCAUAAACAACAAGGUAUGUUAAAGUGAUUAUAGAGUGCACUUCUUCCAGUGAUACAUUCAUAUUCAAUAAAAGUACUAAGUCAUGCUAAAGUAAGUAGAUUAAAAAGGGAGUAUUAAUUACAUGACCAAAUGCUAAAGAGAAGAUAAAAUAGGUUAUGCAUUUUUAUUUAAAUUAUUGCAAAACAAAAAUAGGUAUUCAAUACAUUCUUGUUCGUAGUAUUGACUAUUGAAUUGAAUGUCUUUUGUUAGCAUUAAUAUUAAUUUGAU